CUCAACAGUAUCAGCGGUUCUCUCAAGCCGUAAACGCAACAACUUGAAUUCACGCACGUGUAAUCAAACACUCGUAAUGUGUAUCGCUAAACAAUCAACUUUUCAUACCCUCAAGAAAAUUAAAACUUCCAUUAUAAUUAUUAUCAUAUAAUAAAAUUUAUAUCCAUACAUUUUAUACAACGUUAUCCGAAUCAAAUAUCUAUAUUUUUAUACUUUUAUACUCAGAAUUUACCUCCAGUACGUCAGUGUUGUUGAUAUUCAAAUAACAAUUGCUUCCAUUAAACAAACGUGUCAUUAUUUUUUAAAUUAUUUUUACAGUUUAAUUUUAUUUUAUUUAUUAUAUAUUAUUGUUAUUUACAAAUAAUACGUAUUAAUAAUGCCGGACAGUGAUCAUGAAUCUAAAGUGAGGUUAAGACGCACUAAAAGUGUUACCAGAGCUGAAGAAAUUCAACGAAUGGAUUACAUGCUACGAAAAUCACAGCCAGAUAAACCCUGCCAUAGACCGAGAGACAGCCUUUUCUCCUGGAGUUCAGGCUUCGAUAACUUCACAGGAUUCAUUAACUGGGGCUUCCUUCUUCUUGGUCUCGGAGGUGUACGACUUCUGCUGGAAAAUUUUAUCAAAUAUGGAAUAAGAGUGGAUCCCCGGGAAUGGUUUUUAUUUUUGAGCGGUAAACAGGGUGGUGGCGAAGAAUAUCCGUCACUAUUGUUGAUUUUUUAUUCAGUCGUACCUGUCACUCUUUGCUUAUUGAUUGAAAAAGGCUUAUCACUAGAUAUAAUCACACAUGGACCGGGUAUUAUUUUCCAUGUAAUAAAUUUGCUAGUAAUGGUUUUGAUGCCAAUGGUACUCAUUCAUGUGAAGGAUUCUGGAUUUAGUUUGAUUGGGGCCAUGUACGUGUGUAUGUUGUACGCAGUCCUAUUUUUAAAAUUAUGGUCAUACGUACAAGUAAACAUGUGGUGUCGGUUAAGCAUGAAGGAUCCUUCGACGCCACGUAUGAGAAGACAAUCAUUGUCCUACGACAAUCUACAAUCGUCGGCAGGUGAUCUAAACGAUGAAAAUGAUGACAUUUAUCAUGAUACUAAUAACGUUAAAAUAACAUUAGUACAAUAUCCUGAUAAUCUUCAUAUGGGUGAUUUAUUUUACUACAUUCUUGCUCCAACACUAUGUUAUGAGUUAAAUUUUCCACGUACGGAGAGGAUCCGCAAAAGAUUUCUUAUGAAACGGAUUUUUGAAGUAUUCGUUGGCUUUCAAGUGGUAAUGUCUCUUUGUCAACAAUGGAUGAUACCUUCAGUAAAGAAUUCACUUAUUCCUUUUUCGAAUAUGGAUGUUGCUAAAGCUGCUGAGAGACUUUUAAAAUUGGCGAUUCCGAAUCAUUUAAUGUGGCUAUGUUUCUUUUAUCUAUUUUUCCAUUCAUAUUUAAAUUUAAUGGGGGAACUGUUACACUUUGCUGAUCGUAAUUUUUAUGGGGAUUGGUGGAAUUCUAACAACAUUGACACGUUUUGGCGCACAUGGAACUUAGGAGUUCAUCGUUGGGCUGUGAGACAUUUAUAUAUUCCUAUAGUUGAAAUGGGUUACGGUAAAAGGACAGCUAGUGUGACAGUAUUUUUCAUCAGUGCAUUUUUCCACGAAUACCUCGUCAGUGUGCCGCUUAAAACUUUCAAAAUCUGGGCAUUCAUGGGUAUGAUGGGUCAGAUACCAUUGUCGUUCAUAAGUAAACACGUUGAGCGGAGAUUUGGCGCCAGAUGGGGUAAUAUCGUGGUCUGGUCGAGCUUGAUAAUCGGUCAACCCUUGUGUAUCAUGGUCUAUUAUCACGACUACGUAGUAACACACUUUGGUGAGACGCUACUCGAAGACCAUUCGAUUGUCUAAGGAUCAUUGCCAUCCAAUUAUUAUUAAUUCUGUUGAUAUACGUUUCUUGUUAAUAAUAGUAUAUUAGUAAAUAUUAUUGCUAUUAUUAUAUAUGUUGUUAUUAUUAUUAAUAUUAUUAUAUAUAACUGUGAAAUUUUUAAAAUAAAAAAUUUAUUUAAAUA